AUGGCGACUCUCAAUCAUACGUCCCAGAAGUUCACACUGAACACUGGAGCAGAAAUGCCCGCUGUAGGUCUGGGAACCUGGAAGUCACCGCCAAACCAGGUCCGCAACGCUGUCAGCCACGCGCUUCAGACGGGAUAUCGUCACAUCGACACAGCUCUGAAUUAUCGCAAUGAGGUCGAGGUUGGCCAGGGUAUCCGAGAUUCAGGGGUUCCACGAGAGGAGAUCUGGGUCACCACGAAGCUUGACAAUCCAUGGCACCACAGAGUCCGUGAAGGAUUCGAUAAGUCCCUGGCCGACCUAGGUCUUGAGUAUAUCGAUCUGUACCUGGUUCACUUCCCCUGUUCCACCGACCCCGAAGAUCCUUCGAAGCAUCUGUCGGAUUGGGACUUUGUCAAGACCUGGCAGGAGAUGCAAAAGCUGCUCGACACUGGAAAAGUCAAGAAUAUUGGCGUCUCCAACUUUCAGAUCCGACAUCUGGAAAAGCUUCUGGGUGAUCCGUCUUGCAAGGUCGUUCCUGCUGUGAACCAGAUCGAAUUGCACCCUGGAAAUCCAUCUCCUAAACUAUUAGAGUACUGUACGGCGAAAGGGAUACACUGUACGGCUUAUUCUUGCCUUGGGGGUGCAACAGACAAUCCACUCUAUAAGGAACCUGUAUUGUGCGAAGUUGCGCGGAGACUUGGCAAGUCUCCUGCCCAGGUUCUGCUGUUAUGGAGCCUUCAGAGAGACACAAGUAUUAUCCCCAAAAGCGUAACACCUCUCAGGAUCGAGACAAACUUCCAGCUGGAUGGCUGGGGGCUGACCCAAAACGACAUGGCAGCUCUUAGUGGUAUCAAGACCCGGUUCAAGGUCGUCAACGAUUCUUGGAUGCCGAUUAAGGUAUUUUUCGGAGACGACGAAUAA